AUGUCAAAUCGUAUACUAUUAUUGGUCGGAUUGCCUGGUUCAGGAAAAAGUACACUAUCAAAGGAACUUGUGAAAUGUAAAUCGGGUUGGGAAAGAAUCAACCAAGACGACAUGGGUUCAAGAAAGGCAUGUGAAAUGCACGCCAAGAGAUUCUUGAACAAAAAACUCAGUAUUGUUAUUGAUCGCUGUAAUUUUGACGAAAAGCAAAGAAAGACUUGGGUAGACCUUGGUCAAAAGUAUAAUGUGCCUGUCGAUUGCAUUGUCUUGACAACCACUGAGCAGGAAUGUAGUGAGCGUAUACAGUGUCGAGAGGAUCAUCCUACAGGUGUCAUUGGUGAUUCAGGUGUACAGAUAUUGAAAAAGUUUAUGAGAAAUUAUAGACCACCGAGAAUAGAUCAGCUGGAAGGAAUCCAAAGAGUCCUUUACCUUGAUCCAAGUCCUGAGCCUUAUUGUACUCCUGAACGCAUCGAUACCAUCUUUCAUCUGCUGGAUCAGUGUCCUAUAUUGGAACAGAUGGAAGAGAACUAA